CAGGCUCGUAAGGAUGCUGAGCCGCAUCGAGAUCGUGGAUGCGGAGGAGAUGACUGCUGGAGCCACCAACAAGUCGGCGAAGAGGAUUGGAACUGUUGUGGCCGGGGUGGCAGCAUCGCUCCUGCUCAUGGCGGCGGUCGUUCAUCAUUAUCACUCUUCCAGCUCCCUCCUGCAGAAUGUCGACGAGCAGCGGAGGAUCUCCGCUCUGAAGGAGCUCGGAGCGAACAGUCUGCUCUUUCUGGCUGAGAGGCAGGCAUACAUCAACGGGUUCAAGGCUGGAGAGAUUGCAGGGGAAGAGGACGUGGUCGAAGACGAGAGGCAGCAGGAGAGGAUGGCCGCCGUCCUGGGCAAGUGGGAGGCAGAGGCUAAGGAGCGAUUGGAAGCUGAGAAGUUCAGGUCAGACAGGAUGAACAAGGUUGCAGGAAUCAACCUCCCGAAGGCUGACAAGGAGGACGUGAAGUCUGCGGCGAAGGCAAGGCUUGCGGCCAAGUCGUCUGUGCUUGCUCAGCCUGGAAGCAUGAUGGCUCUCAAGCUGAUGGAGUUCUGCGCUAAGGAGUUUGCCGGCAACGAGAUGCUCCAGAGGUUCUGCUACGACAGGCUGAACUCCAAGGAGAAGAGCAAGGAUGCUGCUGCUCUCUCGCAGGUCAUUGACUCCCCUACCAUUGAAGGCGCCAUGGAAAAGGCCGAGUCCGAGGGCCUGCAGGGACCCCCCAAGUACGCGGAUCUCCAUGGAGAGCUCUUUGACGUCAUUCCGUUGAAGUCGGCUGCUCGCUCAGUGGCUCAGAGCAAGAAGAAGGGCGAGGUUGAAGUGAAGGCGCAGACUCUCCAGCAGAGCAUUGAUGAAGCGCAUGACCUUGGCUUCAAAGGAGACCCCCAGGCGAUCAUCUACCAUCCUGCACACGGAAAGCCUGAUGUGUACAUGAAGGCGAAGCCUUAUGUCAAGCCCCCACCUCUCUCGGGCACGACCCAGGAGUUGGCGUCAGCACAGCAAGGAAAGAUCGAAGUGGACUCAAGCACACUUGCCGGUAGCAUCAAUGCUGCUCACAAGAUGGGAUUGAAGGGCCAGCCAGAGGCCAUCGUCUACCAUCCAGCACAGGGAAAGCCAGAGCUCUACGUGCUUCAGGACAAGUCGUCAGCCCGCAAGGCCGCGGCCCAGAAGAACAUCGAGAAGAAAAUGCAGGGGGAGCAGAAAUCUGAGCUGAGCCAACGGCCUAUCGAGGUUGAUGGCCGCACGCUCUCGUCGAGCAUGGCGUUGGCUCGGUCUCUGGGAUUGAAGGGCAGGCCUGAAGGAAUUAUCUACCACCCUGCUAGCGGCAAGCCCGUCCUCUACUUUCCUGGGUCGUCGAACCAGUCUCCACAGGGAGCAACAGAGCUGGCUGCAGCCCCCGUAAGGAAGGUGGGAGCGCAUGAGGUUGAGGUGGACGGCAAGACGCUGCAGCAGAGCCUUGCGGAGGCGCGAGCGAUGGGCUUCAGGGGAGAUCCCGAAGCUAUCGUGUAUCAUCCUGCCCACGGCAAGACGGCGAUCUACCAGCGUGCCAACUCCAUGGCGGCAGUGGAUGUGCCUGUAAGAAUGAGGCACAACUGAAAAUGUUAUGCCCAGAUUCGCGAUGUAUAAAAAGGAACGUUUGUGCUC